AUGUCGAAGCGCGGCUCUGGAGCCUCCGGCAACAAGUUCCGCCUUACACUCGGUCUGCCUACGGGCGCCGUGAUGAAUUGCGCAGACAACAGCGGCGCCAAGUCGCUCUUCGUUAUCGAGCCGUACGGUUUCGGCUCGCAUCUUAACAGACUUCCCGAUGCCGGUGUUGGCGACAUGUUCGUCGCAUCCGUGAAGAAGGGAAAGCCCGAGCUGAGGAAGAAGACCAUGCCUGCCGUUGUCAUCCGUCAACGCAAAUCCUGGCGCCGGAGAGAUGGUCUCUUCCUAUACUUCGAGGACAACGCCGGUGUCAUUGUAAACAACAAGGGUGAGAUGAAGGGUUCGGCGAUCACAGGCCCAGUAGCAAAAGAAUGCGCUGAUCUCUGGCCUCGUAUCGCCUCCAACGCCGGUACUGUGGUAUAA